AUGGUAUUAAUAGGUGGAAUAAUUUCAGCUAUCCUGUCUCUCUUUGGGAAUGCGGCGGUGCUGGUCAGCGCAGCUUGUCGUCCCGCUCUGCUUAAAGCUCCCGAGCUGCUGACAGUGAACUUGGCUGUAACAGACAUCGGCAUGGCCCUCAGCAUGUAUCCUCUGUCAAUUGCUUCAGCUUUUAACCAUGCUUGGAUUGGAGGCGACACAUCUUGCCUCUACUACGGCCUAAUGGGCAUGAUCUUCAGCAUAACCAGCAUUAUGACUCUGGCUGUAAUGGGGAUGGUCAGGUACCUGGUAGCAGGAAGUCCCCCCCAGAUAGGUGUCAAAUUCCAAAGGAGAACCAUCAGUAUUGUGAUCAGUGCGAUCUGGCUGUAUGCCAGCCUGUGGGCCUUGUUUCCCCUGCUGGGCUGGGGCAGCUAUGGGCCGGAGCCGUUUGGACUCGCCUGCUCCGUAGACUGGACCGGCUAUGGGGAGUCCCUGAACCACUCCACCUUCAUCAUGAUUCUGUCUGUACUCUGCACAUUCCUCCCCUGUCUGGUCAUCCUCUUCACCUACUUUGGUAUUGCCUGGAAGCUGCACAGGGCCUACCAAUCCAUCCAGAGCAAUGAUUUUCAAUAUGGCAAUGUUGAAAAGAAAAUAACUCUUAUGGCUUUGAUGAUCAGUUCAGGGUUUUGUAUUGCCUGGACCCCAUACGUUGCUGUGAGCUUCUGGAGCAUGUUUCACUCGCGGGAGCAGGGCCACAUGACUCCAUUCGUCAGCCUGUUACCAUGCCUCUUUGCUAAGAGCUCCACUGUAUACAACCCUUUCAUAUACUUCAUCUUCCAGCGUACCUCCUGGCACGAGCUCCUGAACCUCCAGAGACUGAUGUGUUGCUGUCCUCCCCGGACCAAUUCACCUGGGAAGCUUGAAAACCAAAUGGUCAAAGUUUCUGACUCCACCAUUUUUGAAAAUGGGACUGUUGAAACCUGUGUGGGUCUAAUGUGA